AUGGCGGCGAUUGAAUGUUGUAAUAAGAUCAAAGGACCAUGGAGUGGGGAGGAGGAUGAGCUGUUACAGAAGCUCGUGCAGCGGCACGGUGCGAGAAACUGGUCGUUGAUAAGCCGCUCGAUUCCAGGGAGAUCGGGGAAAUCUUGCCGGUUGCGGUGGUGCAACCAGCUAUCGCCUGAGGUGGAGCACCGCCCAUUCACGCCGGAGGAGGAUGAAAUCAUUCUCAAGGCGCAGGCAGAGUUCGGGAAUAAGUGGGCGACGAUAGCGAAGCUCCUCAAUGGCCGCACCGAUAACUCGAUCAAAAACCAUUGGAACUCGACGCUGAAACGGAAGUGCGCCGCCGCAGCGGCAGAUGGAGCCGAACGACCCCUGCAGGUUCGGAGGAGAGGGAAGAGCGUCGACGUUACGGCGGCGGUUACGAAUGGUCUUACAGUGAGUUAUGAGAGUCAGAGCCCGUGUGGUUCCGAAAUCAGCGAUUCGAUUGAUAAUAUUUUCGCGAAUUCGAACAUGAAUAUGAAUGUUUACUUUCCGGUUAUCGGAAAUGCAGUUAUCGAUCCGGCAGUAGAAUCGUCGCCGGCCGUGAUGGAUGGUGAUACUGCAGAUGAUCCGUUGACUGCGUUGACUCUAUCUCUGCCAGGGCCUAGAAAUGAAUUUACGACGCCGUUGGUGACGGGAAAGGAGGAAAAGAACGAAACGUUGUCGUUUGGCCCUGAAUUGCAUACCGUGCUGCAAGAGAUGAUUAGGAAGGAAGUGAGAAAUUAUCUUUCGGAACGAUGA